CACUUUGGUUAAGUUUAUCUUGACAAACCGACACUCCGAACUUUGUUCGAUUCUAAGCGCCCCCGUAGCUGUCGGAAGUUAAGCAAAGUACAGGAAUCGAUGUUGGUCGAUAAAACAGAUUCACGUAAAACGUAUGUACAAUCAGCGCCUAGGAUAAUUUCCUUGUAGAAAGAAGAAGAAUUCGUUGUGUACGCGAAUCAUAAAGGAGCUUUCGAUUUAGCACCAUUUUCGCAAAGUUGGCAGCGGAUACAGUGCUACGAUGUGCAACAGUGGCGACACGAUAUUAUCGCUCGAAAUAUUUAUUUAUUUCUAUCUCGAGAUCACACUAUCCUGAAGCGAGGCGAUUAGCAGUGAUUAGCAGUGAUUAGGCGACGAAUGGCAAGCGACGUCAGCAUGGGCCGUAUCUUUCUUGGUCCUGUCGACGCACAAGUCGCAUUCUUCUAUGCUAAAGAAAUCGGAAAGAGCUGGACUGAGGAUCUUUCCUUGUCAGAAACGCGUUAAAAAUCCGGGAGAAAGGGCGGAAAAUCGAAACCGCGAAAAACUUGAUGUCUGGUGAAUGCUUAAGUGAAUCUCUCAUGUAUAAAAAAGCCAUACUGUUACAUACAAAUUCAAGAUACAGUCGCGAAUAUACGAUCUGCGAAAUGGAGGAAGCCGCGGCGGACUAUUCUUUACAAAGCGGAAUAGAUAAUGACCGACCGAAUGAAAAAAAUUCAAAUUUGAUGUCGCACAAUGAUGGAAUCCACAUCGUGGAGCAGGUGACACAAUUCACGUGUUCCUUAUACAUUUCACGUGCUGACGGUCUUCAAGAUCAAGGCCACAUAGUCCAAGGUUGCGAGCUGUUGCGAUCCAAACUCGAGGAAGUUAUCGCUGCUGUCGAACCGUUCUCGGCUUGGCGAGUCACGGAAACUCCGUGUGGUUUGAUUGCUGCCUUCGCCAGAGAAAACGACGCUGAGAAACUACUGCAGCGCGGCGAUCUAGGCCAAGUGUUCGGAACACCUGUACAGGUUGCGCGAUUCUCGGCGCGGGAUUCCCGGUAUCGUCAAGCUGUGUUACUAAGAGGCGUGCCGUGGACAAUACCACUCGAAGAUAUCAAUUCGGCCCUGGCCAAGCAAGGAAUCGUCGUUGGCAACAUCGAACGUGCGAGACAGUUUGUUCGUGUUGAGGUGAUUGCUCACCUUCCUAGUGUCUCGUUAAAUAGCGCAACUGUUGGCGCACAAUGUGCGGCACAAGCCGCAUACACCUAUAAAAAAAAAAAAAAAAGUUUCUUUUUGUUCGAUCGUUUAUUGUUUUUUCUCGCGCAGGUUUUCGACGCGGGCCAUUACGAGGCCUUGCUGCGUCAAGGUCUGAACUUCUUCGGGGCGACGCGCUUUAACGGUGUUCCAGAACGCUGGUGGCGUGGCGGUAAUAGUCCUGGAUGCUCCAGCAUGCCCUCGCAAUGUGCACCAAGACAAAAUGACAAUACUUCGGCGACGUCGAAUGUACGAGUCGUUGACGGAGUAUUGCAGUGUUAUCGUUGCCAGGGUUUCUGGCACGUGGCUGCCAACUGCCGGCAUCUUCCACGUUGCGUCCGCUGCGGCGAGCCACACAGCGUCGAAUUUUGUCCGAGACCGCGCAACAAUCCUAUAUGCUGCCACUGCUCCGGACCUCAUCACGCCGGAUAUAGGCAAUGUCCAGUCAGGUUACAAUUGUCCAAUGCGACGCCCGUGAGCAUUACGUUGAGUACAACUCAUAUAGGAGGUCAAUAUCCAGCGAGCGCCGUGAACAAAUCGAACCCUUCGUGCCAUUCGCUGAGACAAGGCCACUAUUAAGGAUUGUGUUUGUCGAGCAAAAUUACAUACAGGAGAACAUUAACGUCAUCAGCAUGUUUGAGCACUCAUUGUAACUGGGAUAAGAGUCGAGCAAUUUGCAUAUCUUACUGUUGCGCAAUUACUUAUCGCUUGUUGCAAGCGAAAUUUCGUGAUACCAUAUGCAGAACGGUUCAAGUAAACUGUGUGAAAGCGAAAACACAUGUUGUAUAAAUAAUGUCGACAAGCUCUUUCGACCGAGAGAAAUUUCACUCAUACAUAAGUACAUAAGUAUACGCAAUAUCUUAUAUUUUACAUAUACAAGAAUAAAUUGCCAUCGCUUCCGAAACUUAUUCAACGCGCUUGUGUCGUAUGUAUAAUGUUUUUCUAGGAAGAUGUAAGAAAAUACAUUUAUGUGUGCUUGGAGA